AUGACUCUUAAUGCAACCCCCGAUAAACACAGCCACCCUGACACAACGUCGCCUGCUACCUUCCCAAGGCCCGACAAUGCGACAUUUAGCGACCAUACCAAGAUGGUGCUCGAGAAUCUUGAUGGUGAAAAACGUAUUACAGCUCUCCGCCAAUGGCUCGUGCAACCCACGAACCCAAUCGUACAUGAUGCGGCUGUGUGCUGGGAAUAUAUCAAAACAGCUAUCGCGCCUAAAUCGGUUGCACAGGACCGAGGAGAUUCUCCUUCCGCAGACGAUGAAGCCGCUAAACAACAACUAAAGGAGGCUGCCGAUAUAUAUUACUCCAAUAACCAGUUUAUAGUGCGGCUGGAAUUGCUUGACAACUUCCUUCAUGACACUAAUGAGGCCGUGGGUAUUCCUGGGCUGGCGGUGGGCUUGAUUCGGGACCUCACUGUUGUUAUUAUAACUGGUGGUUUAGAAAAGAAGCCCGAGAAGGAAUGCCAAGAGAUGGUAAAGCAGCUACGGUUCCUUUCCGAAUAUACUAAUCUGGAAAAGCUGGCUGUCGAAAUCAUGGAGGAGGGGAUAUGGCAGGCACUGAUUGGCCAACGCAAGAAAUUAUCCGCAUAA